AUUGCUGGCCGGUACUUCCUGUUUGAAGUUGCACGUUUCAACAGAGAGGCUUUUUAGUGCGGUUAUAUUUUCUCAUUUUUUCUCAUUUUUUUUACGUAUAUAAAUAUAAUGGCCGAUGCAACAGCUAAGAAGGUUCAAGAAUACAAGGACUCAUUGAAGACAAAGGCAGAGCAAUUGCUCCUGAAGGGAUUCCCCGAGAAAAUUGUCAAGCUUAAUGAACUCAUGGAGGCGCCCAACUUCUGCAACCGUAAUCUUAGCCAAGUUCGCCAGGAGCUCAAUGUACCCAUUCCAGAACCAAUCGUUAUCAAUCAUUCCGAAAGUGGUCACAAGCACAAAAGAAUUAAGCUAGAGUCUGUGGAGAACAGUGCUGAUGAUGCAUCGGGGACUCAGGUGUUGGCUUUGCCCACUGGACCUAUACCCUGCAACGAACCACUUUGCGAACUGAUCCGCAUAGUUAAGCCGUACAUUAUACAACUACUAGAAGAUUCCAAUUUGUUAAAAAUGUGGAUUUCCUUCAUGAUUCCAAAAAUCGAAGAUGGAAACAACUUCGGUGUCUCAAUCCAGGAAGAUACUUUAGCUGAGAUCCAGUCGGUGGAGACUGAGGCUGCUGGAUUCUUCGAUCAAAUUUCCAGGUACUUCGUGUCGAGGGGGAAGAUCCUGAGUAAAGUUGCUAAAUACCCACACAUUUUGGACUACAGACGAGCAGUCGAAGAGCUCGAUGAUAAGGAGUACGCAAGUAUUUGGCUAGUAAUGACUGAAAUACGCAAUCGUUACUGCUCCCUCCACGACUUGGUCAUUAAAAACCUCGAAAAACUUAAACGACCACGAUCAUCCAACGCAGAGGGUCUGUACUAAUGCCUCUCCCUCGGAUUGCGUUUGCCUAAUUGUCGAGGGAAAAUUGCAGUGCCACUCAUCAAAAUUCGGAUCCAUCUUACAAUUUUUCAGACCAGAGCUGUUAAAAACUCGAA